UGUACACGGAGCUUUUCCGGUCACGUGUGCACACAGGGCGCGGACGCUUCCUCCUCCAGACAUGGCAGCGAGGGGCCGAGCUCCCGUGUUAUGGCUGCUACUCUUGUCCUUCUUCAUCCUCCUGUGCCUGAGGAGUCACCCGCUAGGUUUGAAAGAGAUUGCUUUCUGGAUGGGGAGAUUUAUCUUAAUCCUAGCUCUUAUGACGUUUAUUGUUUCUGUGGUUGCUCCUUAUUUUACUACUAUUCAUCUCGCUGGCAGCUCUCAAGCAGUGCCACAAGAAGAAAAUAAGCAUCUUCAAGAGAUGGUAAGAAAGGAGCAGCAAGAAUGCUUAAGUGAAAAGGCAUGUGAAUACAAUAAGAAUAUUUUAAAACCACGACAAGAAGAAAAACUUAAAAAGCUAGAGGAGCGCUUUUACAGGAUGACAGGACAGACGUGGAAAUUAACUGAAGGCUAUACACUUGGUGAGUUAGAUGGUCAUCCGUGUGACUCUGCAAGACCAAACGAUCAUGUGGAAACUGCAAAUAAAGAAGCCAUAAGGAAAAGAAAACUUCCAGAGCAUGUCAGAAAGCCCUUGCUACAGCAUGAGCAGCCACAGCCUAAAAAGGUUAUCACUCUACCUGAAGAACCCAGUAAAUCAGAGGAAGGUGUUGUGACCAUAGCUUUACGGUGUCCCAGUGGUCGUGUAUAUAGAAGAAGAUUUUACAAGUCCUGCAGUUCUCUUUUAUUGCUGGAUUGGAUGAUGAAAAUUGGCUAUCACCCGAUCCUUUAUUCAAUUUGCACACCUAUGCCAAGAUCUCCUCUACCACUGAAAGAGAAUGUAACACUGGAAAAUAUUGGCAUCACAAGGCACACAGCCUUAAAUAUUGAAGAAAGAGACCCAUUGUGAAUUUAUAUCCACGUUACCCUUAUGUUUAGGGUAUCAAAGGAGAAACCAAUGACUUCUGCAGACUGAUCCACCGUUUAAGUGGGAAAUCAAGAACUUCUUUAAAAUGA